ACAGAGAUCAAGACUGAGGACGACCUCAUCGGUCCUGGUGCCCCCCCCGGCACUAUCCCGACCGACCUCGAGCAGGCCACCGGUCUCGAGCGGCUCGAGAUUCUCGGCAAGAUGGAGGGUGUUGACAUUUUCGACAUGCGCCCUCUGGACUCCUCGCGCACCGGUACCAUGGAGGACCCCAUCCACGUGCGCUCCGCCGGCGAUGAGCAACAUGUUGGCUGCACGGGCUGCCCUGCCGAGUCCCACAACGUUCACUGGCUGACCAUUUCCCGCGAGCGCCCCAUCGAGCGAUGCCCCGAGUGCGGCAGCGUCUACAAGAUGGACUACGUCGGGCCCCAGGAUGACCACCACGGCCAUCACGACCACCACGGCGUUGAGGAGCCCAAGACCUUCGCCGACUUCGUCAAGCCCGAGUACCGCUACUUGUAA